AGCAGGUGUCGGCGGUGUGAGUUGUAUCGCUCGGUGGUUGGAUUAUUUCAUUUUUGGCAGAAAAGAUGAGUUUGAUCUGAAUCACAUGCUUUGAUAAAGACGAUUGUUCUUCAAGGACAUGAAACGAAAAUAAAACAACUGAAAAAUGAAUGUAAUGUGCUUAGAAACCACAUUACCAUCUUUUCACCUAUUGAAGCAAUUCAGAUUUAUUUUCACGCAUCGUAAACUUUCCAAAUCUCUGGAUGAAGAACGAUGAGAAGAUGAGAAAAAUUAUGUCAGUUUUCUAUUGUACAGUAACUUUUAAAGAAUGUGAAUGAGACCGCAAAAGAGUAGCAAAAAAUGUGGGAAAGGAACUGACAAUUCGGUUACGGAACAAUAGGUUCAGCUCACCUUUCUCUCCUUUAAGGUCAACUGUGUUGUAAUUUCUUUGCGUAAUCUAAAAAAUCUGUGUACCUUUCCUGUAUUUGUUUUUUUUUUUUACAUCACACCAUUGCUGAAAUUCAUUCAUUAGGAUUAUUGAGUUUUGAAUGAAAUAUUGCAGAAAUUUAUAUUUAUUUCAUUUUUGACAUUUGCAGUAAUUUUCUAGUCAUCGUAACGUUUUUACUCAAGAGAAAUGAAUUUGUUUGAAAAUUUUGUCUUAAAGGAAAUUUUCAAGUUCAGUCAUGGUAUGUCUGUUGAAGUCUGAGUGCUGAAAAGCUUCUGGCGAUUUUCUUCAUGACGAAAGUUGAAAUUCAAUGCUAUUCAGAAACAUCUCUUGAUUAUUAUUGCUGCACACUAUUUAUUUCAUACUAAGUUAUUUAGCAUUUUUCAAUCUACCAGUGUUCCUAAAAGAAUAAAAUUACAUUCCAUCAGUUUUGUUCCGUAUUUCGGAAUGAAGCUUAGAUCUUGACAUUGAAGUUUUUGAACUCUUCAUACAUUUCACCCGAUAAUGUGUUCCUAGAACUAAAUGAGUUAUUCAAAAUUGGACAAAAUGGCUAUAUCGCCAACGGCAAAUGGUUCUGCCAACAGACCUAUGACAUUGGCUCCGCCUUCAAUGGGCAGGCCUAGAAAGUACAGUUUACCUGUCAUCUACCCAAGACCAUCCUUAUCAGUUUAUGCCGCCAAUGCUGAAACCACGAAAGAUUCCAUUCUACGCCGCAGGAAAUUCAGCCAAGUUGGACAAGUUGUUGGCCACCGUCUGUCGACCACGAUAGGUUGGCGAAGUCCUGUGUCCCAACAAGAUGUUGUCAACCAAGCCAAAAGUCUUUGUGGGAGAUACUUGAGAUCAAAGCUGCGGUCCUGUUCCGCAGUUCACAAAAAACUGGGACUUCAAAGGCUCAAGAGCGUGAGCAAUCUUGCCUGUAGCUCGAAUACUGCGGAAAUUGCAAACGAGUUGAGAUUACUCACGAACGAGCUCGAGAACUCCCACCCCAAGUUGUUCCAAAGUGUAGCUUCGAACGUCGGUUUGCAUAGUCUGCCCUCCGAGGCUGCUGUCCAUAAUGUAUUCGCCGCCGUGGCGGAGGAAAUAUUUCGUGGUGAUGUGACGUGGGGGCGCAUUGUGGCCCUUUUCGCAAUGACGGGGGCCCUAGCCAUGGACUGUGUAAAAGGGGGUCACCCAGAGUAUGUUCUUGGACUUGUACAGAGGAUGGGCAUCUUUGUGGAGAAUGAUGUGGCACCAUGGAUAUGUCAGCAAGGAGGAUGGGCCACAUUGUUGACGAGGUUUAAAAAAGACACUACUACGACCUACACAAAAGAAGUCGUCUGCUCCUUCCUAGUUGUACUUCUACUUGUUAUACUGUGGUGGAUUUUAUCAUAAGACAAUUUGUUUUACCCAUUUUAUUGGUAUGUUGUUUUUUGUACAGUUUUCUGAAUAAAUUAUUUGCAAAUG